GCUCUGCCGCGUCGUCGUCCCCUCUCCUAGCUAGCGGCUAUCAAACCCCCACACCACUGCUCGAUCGAUCGUCGCAGCCGGAGUAACUAAGGCAGAGAUCAGAUCAGGCGAAUUAGGAGCAUAUGGCGCUGUCGACGGCGCAGACAGGGGAGUCGAUGCACUCCUCGACGUUCGCGUCGCGGUACGUGCGCACGGCGCUGCCGAGGUUCAGGAUGCCGGAGAAGUCGAUCCCCAAGGACGCGGCGUACCAGAUCAUCAACGACGAGCUGAUGCUCGACGGCAACCCGCGCCUGAACCUGGCGUCCUUCGUCACCACGUGGAUGGAGCCCGAGUGCGACAAGCUCAUGAUGGCCGCCAUCAACAAGAACUACGUCGACAUGGAUGAGUACCCCGUCACCACCGAGCUCCAGAACCGGUGCGUGAACAUGAUCGCGCAUCUGUUCAACGCGCCGAUCGGGGACGACGAGACGGCGGUCGGGGUGGGCACGGUGGGGUCGUCGGAGGCCAUCAUGCUGGCGGGGCUGGCGUUCAAGAGGAAGUGGCAGAACAGGAUGAAGGCCGAGGGGAAGCCCCACGACAAGCCCAACAUCGUGACGGGGGCCAACGUGCAGGUGUGCUGGGAGAAGUUCGCGCGCUACUUCGAGGUGGAGCUCAAGGAGGUGAAGCUGACCCAAGGGUACUACGUGAUGAACCCGGAGAAGGCCGUGGAGAUGGUCGACGAGAACACCAUCUGCGUCGCCGCCAUCCUCGGCUCCACCCUCAACGGCGAGUUCGAGGACGUCAAGAUGCUCAACGACCUCCUCACCGCCAAGAACGCCGAGACAGGGUGGAACACGCCGAUCCAUGUGGACGCGGCGAGCGGCGGGUUCAUCGCGCCGUUCAUCUACCCGGAGCUGGAGUGGGACUUCCGGCUGCCGCUGGUGAAGAGCAUCAACGUCAGCGGCCACAAGUACGGGCUCGUCUACGCCGGCGUCGGGUGGGUCAUCUGGCGCAACAAGGAGGACCUCCCCGAUGAGCUCAUCUUCCACAUCAACUACCUCGGCGCCGACCAGCCAACCUUCACGCUCAACUUCUCCAAAGGAUCGAACCAGAUAAUUGCGCAGUAUUACCAGCUCAUUCGUCUCGGAUUCGAGGGGUACAAGGACAUCAUGCAGAACUGCCGGGACAACGCGACGGUGCUCCGGGAGGGGAUCGAGAAGACGGGCCACUUCGACGUGGUGUCCAAGGACUCCGGCGUGCCGCUGGUGGCCUUCUCCCUCAAGGACUCGUCGCGGUACACGGUGUUCGAGGUGGCCGAGAGCCUCCGCCGCUUCGGCUGGAUCGUGCCGGCGUACACCAUGCCCGCCGACGCUGAGCACGUCGCCGUGAUGCGCGUCGUCAUCCGCGAGGACUUCAGCCGCGGCCUCGCCGAGCGCCUCAUCACCGACCUCACCAAGACGGUGGCCGAUAUGGACGCCCACGCCGUCAAGAAGGCCGCCGCCGAGCCGGCCAAGAAGACCGUGCGGGAGAUAGAGAAGGAGGUGACCACCUACUGGCGGAGUUUCGUCGCCAGGAAGAAGAGCAGCCUCGUCUGCUGAUCAUCGACUCCUGCACUCGCGCGUACAUAAAGUGCAGGAACGAAUAAUUCUUGACCCGUCUUGCAUUGAGUUCUUCGUUUGCUGCUGCUUCUUUUCUUUUUUUUUUUCCUUUUCACCCGCUGAAUUUUGAGUUCAGUUUCAAAUUCGCUUCGAUAGAUUUGUGUAUGUCACACCGAUUUGUGGCAUUCUUGCAGACAAGUUACCAAUAUGAAAUGCGUAUAGGCAUGUACACGCAGAGACGUGUCAGGCAGAACAGAAGUGAGAUGCACCGAUCUGUACCGGCCAUGGCAUGGAAUUGGUUUGUCAUGGGCUAUAGUUGGUUGACAGAAUAAGUUCAUUUUGUGACCCUUAAAAA